ACACAACUUCCUCUCUUCUUGCGCUUGUCCAUCCGUGACCAGAGUUUCCCUUCCGCUGACAGGCUGCUGUCACACAGCGACCAUGUUAUCCCAUUCCCGGUGUCUUACCAGGAAUUUUGGCCGUUCCCUUUCUGCCAUCCGUCAGGGAAAUAACGUGUUAGCUCGUCGGGCCUCAGCAGCUCUGUCAGUUAACCAUCCUAUCGCUUUCAACAAAGAUCUAAAAUAUGAUCCCCGAUCAAGUGUUUUCCAAAUCAAGUACUUCAGGACAUCUUCAGCUUAUAGAGAUGAAGUUGUCACAGUCAAGACCCCUGCAUUUGCAGAGUCUGUCACAGAGGGGGAUGUAAGGUGGGAGAAAGCUGUUGGAGACUCUGUCUCUGAGGAUGAGGUGGUGUGUGAAAUUGAAACAGAUAAGACAUCAGUACAGGUUCCUUCUCCUGCUGCUGGAGUGAUUGAGGAGCUCUUGGUUCCAGAUGGAGGAAAGGUUGAAGGAGGAACUCCACUUUUCAAGCUUAGAAAAGGAGCUGGCGCUCCCAAAGCUGCAGAAGCUCCAAAAGCUGAGGCUCCAGCUGCUGCAGCCCCUCCACCACCUUCUGCUGCCCCACCUCCCCCUUCUUCAACUGUGGGCCCCAUUCCCACUGCCAUGCCCCCUGUGCCACCUGUGCCAGCACAUGCUUUGGACACCAAACCAGUUUCAGCCAUCAAGCCCACUGCUGCUCCAACCACACCAGCGGCCCAUGCUGACGGAGGGGUUAAAGCAGCAAGGACAGAGAGCAGGGUUAAGAUGAACCGCAUGAGACUCAGAAUUGCCCAGAGACUGAAAGAAGCUCAAAACACCUGUGCUAUGCUGACUACAUUUAAUGAGGUCGACAUGAGCAACAUCUCUGAGAUGAGAAAGACUUACAAAGAGGCCUUCCUGAAAAAACACAACAUCAAGUUGGGCUUCAUGUCUGCAUUUGUGAAGGCUGUUGCUUCUGCUCUAGUUGAUCAACCUGCUGUCAAUGCUGUAAUUGAUGACACAACCAAAGAGAUUGUGUACAGGGAUUAUGUUGACAUCAGUGUGGCUGUAGCCACUCCAAAGGGUUUGGUGGUUCCUGUAAUUCGAAAUGUUGAGGGAAUGAACUUUACGGAUAUUGAGAAGGCAAUUAAUUUGUUGGGAGAAAAGGCUCGUAAGAAUGAGCUUGCAGUUGAAGACAUGGAUGGAGGCACCUUCACCAUCAGCAAUGGGGGCGUGUUUGGGUCCUUGUUUGGCACACCUAUAAUCAACCCACCACAGUCUGCUAUUUUAGGCAUGCAUGGGAUCUUUGACAGGCCUGUUGCAGUUGGUGGCAAGGUGGAAAUCCGUCCAAUGAUGUAUGUCGCCCUGACAUAUGAUCAUCGUCUGAUCGACGGUAGAGAGGCUGUCACUUUCCUGCGCAAGAUCAAGUCGGUAGUGGAAGACCCCAGGGUGCUGCUCCUUGAUAUGUGAACCCUUGUCAACUCCAGGCCCAACCAAACAAACCACCCCACACAAACAGUGGCUGUACUCACCUGAUGAACAUUACUGUAACUGAAGUUAUCGUAUUGUUGUAUUGGUUAACUAGGGAAAAAAAGGAUUUGUGUGAACAGUUGGGUUGUGCAAUGGACAUUUGUAAUACUGGCAGUGGUAAAAAAUUUGGGGCUGUUGUGGAGAAAUGGAGGGGUUGCUGUUGCUGGUCUGCAGAUCAAAAAAAAAGUACUUUAGCUUGUUCGCCAUAUGUCAUUUUCUACAUACAAUUGAAAAAGAAUUUUCCACUUAUUGUGAGAUGACAGGCAAGUUCAAAUUAAACUGCAUAAUUUUGAUUUUAUUAUUUUGGUUUGCGAGAAGAACAAGGAGCACAUAUUGGUCUAGAAAAAACACUUUUAAAAUAUCCAAAGUGAAGAAAUCCACCAAGAUUUUACGCCAUCUAGUCCACAAAAUAUUGGCAUGAGGAAAAAAUCUUUUUGUUGUGUAAGAAAGACUAUUUAAGAAAAAAGUUUUAAACAAUAAAGACGUCAUUACCCAACUG